UCCCUAAUGGGUGUGUCUUGUAUAUAAACAAGAUCUCCCUUAUCUUCCCUGACCUCCAAUCCAAAACCCCAAAGGGAGGAAGGAUUCAAUCGGAGGGAGGGAGGAAGGAAGCAAAGCAUCUCAUUCCCCCAGCCAGGCCAGGGCCACCCCCCCACACACUUUGGCACCUUGCUGCCUUCUUACCUUUAUCUCCUUCCCUUCCCUUCCCCGUCUCUUGCGUGCAAGCAUCUCCUCCUCCCCCACGCUCCUCCUCACAUUCCAUUGAUAGAUAGAUUGAUAGGCAAUCUGCUCCUUAAUUUCUCUGUUUCUUCCUUCCUUGUCAAUUUGGUUUGACAACGGGUCAGUGAGUGAAUCGGUGAGUGACCGAGGAGAUAAUAAGCACAUCGAUCUAAUCUAGCAGGCCUCUGACGCAAUCGAUUCCAAGAAGAAGAAGAAGAAGAAGAAGAAGAAGAAGAAGCUUACUGAUUGGCAUCUCUCCCAGCUCACGCCAUUGGUUUCCCCUUCCUCCUGCCCAAGCUGCGCAUGCCACACGCGUGCUCAGGGAGAAUCCGUUCGUUCAGUUCCAACGACAACGCCGCCUCACGCAUUGCCUCCCUUCCCUCUGUCUCUAGCUCACACUUCUCCUUCUUCUUCCUUCGGCUCCAACAAAUCGGGAAACAGAGCACCCCGCAUUGCUCGCCAAACAAACAAGAGGAGCAAAGCAAAGAACUACUACUAGCAAAGCCCGUGUUUUUUUGUGUUUCAUGCUCUCGGGGAGCGACGGCGAGCGGCUGGGCAUGCGGUUCACGGCGGGGGGCUCGUCGACGCGGUCGUGGCGGCCGACGGCGACGACCGAGGACACCACGGAGCUGCGCUUCUGGCUCAGCUGGCGGGUGGCGCUGUGCGCGCUCUGGGUGCUCUGCUGCGUCGCCGCCGCCGCAUACCUCGUCUGGCGCCACGAGGGCCCCCGCGCCCACCGCCGGCCCGGCGGCGCUGGCAGCGCCGGAGCCGGAGACGGAGACGACGAGCCCGGGAAGCCGCGGCGGAGGCGGGGCCGGCGGCCGGCGGGGCUGCUGUACGACGACGAGGCGUGGCGGCCGUGCCUCCGCGACAUCCACCCGGCGUGGCUGCUGGCUUACAGGCUCGUCUCCUUCUUCGUCCUCUUCAGCCUCCUCAUUGUUAUCGUCAUCUCCGACGGCGGCGACAUCUUCUACUACUACACCCAGUGGACCUUCAUCCUGGUGACAAUUUACUUCGGGCUUGCCACCACGCUGUCGAUCUACGGAUGCAGCAAAUUUGCUGAUUGGAAUGUCGUCGCGGCGGUAACAGACGCUGAGCAUGGGCCUUACCCUGCCCAUGGAGCCGCCGCUAAACCGUACGUCGAUGGAGAGGAUGACGGCACGAGGGAGAUUGCUGGAUUCUGCGGUUACCUGCUCCAGAUCAUCUAUCAGACAAAUGCAGGGGCAGUGAUGCUUACGGACUGCGUGUUUUGGUUCAUCAUUUUUCCAUUCCUUACCAUGAAAGAUUACAAUACGAAUUAUUUGCUGAUAGGAAUGCACUCGGUGAACGCUGUUUUCCUGCUCGGCGAAGCGGCCCUGAAUAGCCUGCGCUUUCCGUGGUUCCGUAUCGCAUACUUCUUCUUCUGGACUGCUCUCUACGUUGUUUUCCAGUGGAUUGUACACGCGUCAACUACAAUCUGGUGGCCCUACCCGUUCCUCGACCUCUCAGCUAAUCUGGCGCCUUUAUGGUACUUGGCCGUUGCGAUCAUGCAGCUGCCGUGCUACCUGGUGUUCAGGCUAGUGAUGAACCUGAAACACCACCUUCUCUCCAAGUAUUUCCCAGAUAGUACGCUUAUAAGAGACUAGCAUUCACCAGACGAAUGACCACACUGUCGCUAUCUCUGGUCCUACAUCGCAAACAGUUUAUACAGAAAGGCGAUGUGAAUUGGCAAGAAGAACAGGAACCGAACAACAGUGGCUGAGUCGGUCAAGAGUUCUUUGCGAGAUUCUUAAUUUCUUAUGCAGAUGCAUGCCCCUCUGAAAAGAAGAAAAGAGUGUGUGCAUCUGUUUUUACACCGGUAUAGUUUCAUGUAAGUAAAUUGGGGGGAUCACAGAUUGUAAGAAGAGUUUUUGCAGUGAUGGGGACCGGAAAAAGAAGAAAUUUAAGAGAUUGUUGUACAUAUAGCUUGGUUGGUGAAAUGGAGAGAUGUUGGUUAACUAAUUAGCACUAGUGACUUCUUUUGUAGAGCAGCUGAUUGGCCAUUAAUUUGCAUGUGUGACUAAUGUAAUCGAUCGUUGCACAAUUGCAAGUUUAUAUACUACUUAUUAGCUUAUGGAUGGUAA